AGGGGUCGAAAAACUCCAAAACCUCUGCAUCGAAAAACACUAUAAAAUACCCACAACUUCCAUUGUGCACUUCCAAACAGCUGCAAAAAAGACUAGUAGCUUAAUUUGAGAGCUUUUUUGUAAAUUUUCGAGGUGUUUUGAGCGCCAAAAUGGAAGAAAACGUUGGCGUUCCGAGGACGGCGAACGACGCCGAAGGUCUCUCCGUUGUGACUUCGUUGGGAGAAGUAAGCGAACAGAUUACCAUUACCGAAGAGCUGCCGAACGAACACGACUCUAACCAACAAUACGAGCAAAACCCCAGUGAAUCGGCAUCAAAUGCCGUCCAGCAAUGCGAGGUGCAGGUAGUAAAAGUAGCGAAUGUCGGCGGAGGAAUGAACAUUACGUUUUCAACCCCGGCAUUGAUCACUCGCUCGGAGGAAGAUGGCGGCCAAACGCACACGAUUCAAGUCGCCGAAUCUGCCCUUGCCCCGAUACAGGAAGUGGCCAUUGCAAGUCCAGAGAAUUCCAAUAGAUCUGACACGCCAAUUCAGGGCGACUGCGACAUACAUGAAGAACAAGACCAAGAAAGUUUGCAUAUUCAAGAAGGAUCAAGCCCUGAGCCAUCGCACCGGCGAGACGACAACCAUAAGUCGACAUCGUGGGACGCGGUCAUAAACGCCGAGGUUCUGUCAGUACGAUGUAGAAAUGAAACAGCUGAGUUACACAAGUCUAAACUGGGAUCUGGGGGUCGAGGAAAGUGCAUAAAGUACAAUGAUGAAUGGAUGACUCCAUCAGAGUUUGAAGCUCGGUGUGGACGUGCUUCAUCGAAAGACUGGAAGCGUAGCAUCAGAUACAGUGGACGCACCCUGCAGACAUUAAUAGAGGAGGGUGUCCUAACACCUCACGCUACUUCUUGUACCUGCGCAUCAUGCUGUAACGAUGACACCCUGGCUGGCCCUGUCCGGCUGUUUGUCCCUUACAAGCGCCGCAAGAGGGUGUCCUCGCAGUCCAGUCUUGCGUCGCCAGUGUUGAAGAAGAGUAUGUCGCUCAGCUCUGAUCCAACCAAAAGAGAAGGUGGACAUAGUCUUAUGAUGAGAUCUGCAAGUGUGGAUUCAGCUGGAGGUACCUUUGUGACAGAGUCCGGCAACGCCAUAGAAGCUGGAGAUAUCAUCCAAGUGUCCAGUGGUGCUGUGGCACACCUUCAACCUCUCAUGAAAGAUCUGUCUACAGGAAUUAUUACCGUUAGCUCAGGCGCCUCCAUACCUCACACACCCAUGACACCCAUGACGCCCCUUACCCCUAUGGCACCCAUGACACCUGGUCUUUCCACACCGGGCACCCCUAUUGUCACCCAGAUGACUAGCAUGGCCCAUAAUGCCGCUGUAACCAUGGCGGUGCCAGUCUCAGAGGUCAACAUGGAGCAGAAACGGAACUGGUGGCAUAUUGAAGAGAUGGUUAACUCCUUGCUAAGCACUGCCCAACAACUAAAGUGCAUGAUUGAACAAGCCAAGCUCCAGUCAGAGGCGGCAAGAGAGGCAGCUGUCGCCCAGGCUAAACUACAGGCAGAGGCAGAGAAGAAAGAGCUGUUGUCCCAGACUCGCAUGAACUCACUAAUUCAGCUGACAAAAGCGCUGAAUGACGCACAGGCCGAGAGAGAACAAGCGGUUCAGCAGGCUCUUCAGCAUGCUAAGGCUGACAAGAUGGAAGCAGUAGCUGAUGCCAGGCAGCAACAGUUUAUUAAGACUUACACUGGGCAAGCUGAAGCAGUUACCUCAGAGCAGCAAGCGGCUGAGGACAAAAACGGGAUGGAAUGAUGAAUCAUAGCUGUGGGCGUAACUUUGACACUGUUGGGCCAGUAUUGGACCAAGAGUGGACACAUAUUUUAAACAUACCAUCAUGGAUGUACACAGCCGUUCAUAUUGGAAAAGUAUUGGUUUCAUUGGGCCAUGACUGGAAAAGUACUUUAAACAUACCAUCAUGGAUGUACACAGCCGUUAAUUUUGGACAAGUAUUGGUUUCAUUGGGCCAUCACUUGACAAGUAUUUUCAUACCAUCAUUGAAUACGUAUAUGGCCUUUCAUAUUGGACAAAUAUUGGUCCAUCAUCGAUGUCAGUAUUGGAACAGUCAAUGCUCACAGACAGUAUGUAUGUAUGUAUGUAGGAGCAGAAAAGGCCAGAUCAGUAGCUAGUAUAGCAUGUUCAUCGGUUUACCCAUACUGUACCGCCCUAGCCUUAUACUGAGAUUUACUAUAGGAGUAAACCUUAUAAUUAGAUGUUGCACUACUGUGGCCACCAUAACAAAUUUGAUGUGGAUACCAUUAGGAUACCACAUUAUUUAUCUUUAUUGGUUUACUUAACAAAAUUGUAAGGGUGUCAUGCUAGCGUUUAUCUCACUAUAAUUUGCAUGAUUGCCUUAGUUGUAUUGCUAGGGUUACCAAAGAGUUUUGAUAGUUCAAUAGAACAUUCAGAAAAAAAACCUCUUAUUCAAACUCUUAUAGCUCAAAUUCACUACUAAAUCAAACUGAGUUUAAUUUACCUUUAUUGACCUACUUUUCAAACCUUUUCGAACAAGAAAAUCAAACUUCCUAUAACUCGUACUUUUUUUUUGUUCUGCUUGGCCAUACUUCCUUCUUACUCCUCAAAAUUAGUGUUGAUCAUGUUUUAUCGGAUAUUUUGAUUGAUAUGAUAAUUUGAAGCUGUGCUAACAUGGACUUACUUUUGUCUCUUCAAAUUUUGGGUUAACAUGGCUGUACUGACUGUAGUAGACUGUGUAUCCAAAACCUUAAAACACUUUAAAGAGAAGAUUUAACAUUGUAUGAUAGAGUAUUUCACAGUUAUAUGUGAUGCCUUUGUAAUAGCUGUUAUGAUGACAUGUACAUAAGUUUGGCAUUUUAUUGGGUUUCCUGUGCUAUGCUUGUAAUUUGUAUCUUACCAAAAUAGGAUAUAAUGUCUAAAAGCAGAUGGGUUUCCUGUGGUACACUCACGCUUUCACACCACAGGAGUCCCGAUAUAUCCCAUUGGUAUCUUCUCUUUGAACCAUUAGCCUUUCCUAUAUUGCUAUGAAAACUUAUGUAAAUAUUUACUUGUUUAUAUAUUAAAGUAUUUUAAAAGUU